AUGAGUACUUCUAUCCAUGCAGUUGAAAAUAAGGUUCAUGAAAACCCGGUUUACGACUUGAAACUAUCUUCAGUUGGACCGGCUAAUGUCACUGAAUCCGGAGUAACUUACGAACCAACUAAUGUUGAUUUGGCUAUGAAAUUACAUUAUCUCCUAGGAUUGUAUUUCUUUCCAAAGGAAGCAGUUGAAGGUCUCACUAUCUUCAACAUCAAAGAACAGAUGUUUACACUUUUUAACAGCUUUAAUAUAUAUUGUGGAAGGUUUCGAAGAUCUGACGAAUCCAGUCGACGACCGUAUAUCAAAUGUAACGAUGGCGGUGUGAGAAUAAUUGAAGCCAAGUGCAAGUACACGAUAGAUGAGUGUCUAGAGAUGGGGGAUUGUUCUCUUCAUAAACUUCUUGUACAUUACCAGGUUCUUGGUACUCCUGAACUAGCGAUAUCUCCUCCAAUUCUUAUUCAGUUUACUUGGUUCAAAUGUGGGGGAAUGUCAAUAGGGCUAAGCUGGGCUCAUGUUCUUGGUGAUGCAUUCUUAGCAUCACAUCUUAUCAACUCCUGGGGACAACUGGUAUCUACCGGUCAUCCGCCACAUAAUCUGCAAAAACUUGAACCCAAAACAAAGAUGGAAGGAAAACGAUCUUUCGUGGAUCUCCAGCCACUCUCCAAACGGGUUGAUCCUGUCGGUGACUAUUGGAAAUAUGUGAAUAACUGUAAUAUGAUUACAUUCUGUUUCCAAAUUAAUGCAGCAAAACUAGAAAAUAUACUGUUGAAGAUCAAUGGUCAAUGCGGAACUCGUAAAGUUCCAACUUUUGAAUGCCUUUCUGCCAUCAUUUGGAAAACUUUGGCUAAAAUCAGAACAGAAGUCGAACCACAGGUUGUGACUGUUUGUCGAAAUUGCUAUAAAGUGAAUAAUUCGCAUUCAGGAAACAACCAGAUUUUUGGAACUGUAAAGGCUGAAUGUCAAGUCAAGGAUGCGAAUCCGAGUGACUUGGCAGGACUGAUGCUGGAUCAAACAACACAUGAGAAAUGCCAAAUGGAUCAAGUGAUAGAGAAAGAUGGAUAUUUGUCAGAUUUUGUUGUGUAUGGAGCAAACCUGACUUUUCUAGAUUUGGAAGAGUCUGAAAUCUAUGAAAUGGAACUGAAAGGACAUAAGCCGGUUUUUGCAAACUACAUGGUCGAGGGAGUAGCAGAUUCAGGGUUGGUAUUAGUACUUCCAGGUCCAAGUAAUAAAGGAAGGACUGUAACAGUAAUUCUGCCAGAAAAUGAAAUUUUACAGCUGAGGGCAGAGUUAGAAAAGGAAUGGUGUAUUGUUUGA